AUGGCCGAGUGGAACGAAAUGCACAAGGGCGGCAAUGAAAAACGAGAUUCCGAAUUGGAAGAAUUUGAGACGCCCGCACGUUAUCGACCCGACUCCUUAAGUGCCCUCAGUCGUACCACACGUUUCACAGAGGAUGAAAUCAAACGAAUUUAUCGCGGUUUUAAGGCUGAGUGUCCGACGGGCGUCGUCAAAGAGGACACAUUCAAAGUUAUCUACUCGCAAUUUUUCCCCCAGGGAGCCAAUCCCACCCUGUAUGCACAUUACGUUUUCAACACACUCGAUCAGGAUCACAGCGGCAUUGUUAGCUUUGAGGAUUUCGUUCAAGGACUUUCGAUAUUGUCGCGCGGCUCUGUAGAGGAGAAACUGCGUUGGACAUUCUCGUUGUACGACAUCAACGGCGAUGGCUUCAUAACGCGGGAGGAAAUGACUGAUAUUGUGACUGCCAUUUACGAGCUGAUGGGACGCCUGCCGGACGAGUGUCCCGCGGAGGAGAAAAUCAAAUGCAAAGUCGACCACAUAUUUCAG